AUGACAAAACAAAAGACAACUGCCAUCCUACGAGACCAGGGCGACUUCAAAUUUGUGCCGAUUGCGAUCGAGGCUGGCUCGGGCGCCUGGGGCUCGAAGUUCCGGAAGUUCUUCAGCAGCGACCUUAUGUCCACGACGGACCCACAAACACCACCACACGUGCGCACCUUUACCUCCAUGCACAGCAGCACGUACUGGCGGCAAGUGUUGUCCAUCGCGAGAUGCAAGGCUGAGUGCUACGCGAACCUCCGGUGCAUCGGCCAGAUGCCUCACGACAAGCGGGACAAAAACCAGCCGGGCUCGCAACCCAGACGGUGCAGCGGGCGCGCGCUCAAGGCCCAGCGCAACCACCAACAGGGCAAACGCACCCGCAAAGCGCAAAGCAUCCGCAAGAACACACCCCCCGACCACAGCGGCCAGCGCAGCAAUGACAGCAACAACGACAACAACGACACCGCUGCCGCCACCACCGACAACGAUGAGGGACAGCCACGCAGCGCCGCAGUGACCUCACGUAGCCCCGGUGGCCCGGCCGCAACAGAGCCCCCUGCAACUGUCUAAGCGACAGUCGCAGCACUACACAUGAGCCUCGCACCGAGGCACUUGGUUUCUAU